AUGUCUGGUCUUGUUGAGCCUUCUACCGCACAAAGCACUUCCGCUUCUUUGUUACAUCAUUUAAACACCACAACGCCAAUCCCAGACAGUUCGCCUUUGUCCUCUUUACCGUUUCAGCUCCUCCUUGCCCCCCUUCACGCCUUACAACACGCCGAGACUUUUGCCUUCCGAACAGUCCCACGAUCUAUCGGAAGAGUGACCGGUAUUUCUAGCCUUUGGAGUGGAGCGGGUUCAACAGCUGGAGCAGGCGGCACGGCGGCUACCCAUGCAGUCGCGGAUAUGGCGGGAAGUGGGUUGGCCGAUGUAGCGGAGCAGGAAGGUAGCUACUACUUUGCCGAGUUCUUGGUUGCCAUCAAGAAGCUGGGUGGAUUUUUCGGUUACUUGACAAGCGUAUGGUCGUUUGCAUGUCUAUUGGAGGCGUUGAUCUUGAAUCGCAUCACCAUCUAUGCUUCCACUCGACGACACCUUCGACUAGGAUGGGAACGACGCGCCGCUCUUCGCCUGGUUCCUAUCCUUCUCUUCGCAUACCAGAUCGUCAGCCUGCUUCGCGGGAUACGAUGCCAGACAUCUCCGUCCUUCUCAACAAUGCGAUACGGUUAUCCCGGAAAGCAACUCAUCUUCGACUACUCAAGUGAUGGAGGCGCUCUCUACUCUCUCAGUUCCAGAUUUCUGGGGUGGGAGUCGGAGGAGCAGUCUUGCAGUGCUGUGAAGAUGACACGCACCAGUGACUCUGAGCUUCCAUAUGGGUCAUUCUCCCUAUUGUGGCCGACAUUUAUGAUGCUAUGCCUGAGCCAUUUCAUCGAAACGCUCUCGUGUGCGUUGCAAGGCAGGCAGGUGAUGACCGAGACUGGAAUGUCUAUAUUCGAACACUCUCUUGCCUUCGCCGAGGCUGAAUCAAUGAUCGGCAAGUCCAUUGGAUUGGGCAUGUUCGGUCUUCCCAAACAAAGCCCGCUGAGUGCUAUGACUAGCGACGCCAAUGACAGCUCGGCUUCAGUUCUCCAACUUCUCACAAGAUCGCAAGUGUUACAACGCAUGAAUGUUACCCCAGAAUUGUUGCUCAUUGCAUUGAUAUCUUGCUGCAAUAGUGCUUCUUCUCACAUGUUGGACAUCUUCGGAAAACAGAGCAGAUAUCGACUUUUCAACACUGCUCUCUGGGGUGCCUGCUUCAUGGCAGCCAUGUCGUGGGGAUUAGACGCCGGCCCACCCGUCAGCCUCGAGACCGGCGUUCUCAGGUUCCCAACUGUGUGCAUCGUGGGAUUCAUCCCUCACAUCAUGGUACUGGGUGGUAUCACCAUAUGCUGCGCGAUAUACGUGCUGGCGCUUACUAUCACCGCUUUUUCACUUCCUUCUGAAGAUGCUCAGCCCGUCUCACUUUAUGAUCGUUUCAUGCUGGCCCAUGAAAACAUGCAAGGUUCGAACCAAAUUCGCAGCAUCCGCAUCAACAGACACGAAGACUUUUACACAACCCUCCUGCGAAUCGGAUAUGUCGCUCUGACAGCUGCAAGCGAGGCAGUAUUCCUGAAUGAGGGCAAGGCUGUCAUUGCAAGACGGAUGACAUGGCUGGAGGAAGACCGGCUAGCUGAAAUUGAAGCCCAGAGACAGAAGUCCUCUUCCCGCGCAGAUUGGCAGAAGGAAACCAGCAACCGGUCCUUUGAGGGCUUCGCAGACUUUGACAUACCAGAGAAAGCCAAAACGUGGGAAAGUGGCUACAACCGUGAAAGGAAAAUCGAACAGCCGAAAAACGGAUCUCGCGCCGUUCGCUCUGAAUCUGAGCUGGGAGGUGUUGGAGCAGUGCGUGUUUCCAUACGAUUGAUCCACGUUUUCGCUUUUUUCCGCGCGAUCAGCCUUCUCGUGCUCCGAUGGACAACAUACGCAUUUAGCAAUGUUUUUGAUCGACUGGGAAUUACUGCCCGUCCAAUGUGGCUGAAACGCCUGAUUGGUCACCGUCGACAGCCACCCGGUUCUAACAAUGAAUCAUCUCGACAGCCAUUAGACUUCUGGAUCCUCUCGGAUAGCGGCGAGCUUGAACUUCCAGAAAAUGGCGAAUUUGACGUCGAGACCGAAAUGCGAAAGCGAGAGCGUGCGAACCGACCGGACUGGAUGGGCACCGAUGAGAACUAUCUGGAUGACAGGCUAUACAGCUGGUGGAAGAUCGGUGGUGCCUGGGGAAACCAAGAUGAAACGUCGGAUUACGAUCCGCCAACAGAUGACUUUGAUACCACGAGUGUAGUCUCGAUGUCCACCAAUGCCUCUGAACCAAAGUGGGAAGAUUACCCCUCAGACGAUGGCCGUCGCACUCCCACCCAGGUCGAACCCCAUGCAGACAAGAAUCCUCCACUUCAAGAUCCAUUGUUAGACAUGACCACGCUUGCGCGUCUUCUCGACCCUCGUGACCGCGAGACAAGAGAAGAAGCCCAGAUCCUAGCCGCUCACCUCAAGGCAAACAAUGAAGGUCCUCAAAUCAUGACACGCAGUCGGUAUCAGAAGCAAGUUGAACGGGAGAGAUCCCGCAUUCUGUUCUCUUCUCGUCUUCACCAAUUGAACACCACCGAGACAGGCCCCGGUGGGCGAAAGCCUACAGCCGAAGAAGAAUCCGAGCUUCUAGAAAAACUCAUUCUUUCACGCCGCUCGGAGGUACCGGGCGAUGCUGAUGCUCACACCUGGGAAUCUGGUGCAACGGGUCUUGGUCCCAAUGGUCCACCCUGUGUCGUCUGCCAGACAAGCCCUCGAGCCAUCAUCACCUGGCCGUGUCGCUGCUUGUGCAUUUGCGAGGAUUGUCGCGUGAGUCUUGCGAUGAACAACUUCGGCAGCUGUGUGACUUGUCGUCAAGAAGUCGGGGGGUUCAUGCGUUUAUGGGUUCCAUGA